AUGUGGAACUACGACCAACUCCCGUCGCUGACUGGCAAAAAUAUCAUCAUCACUGGCGCCUCUGCUGGCCUUGGACUCGCCUCUGCCAUCGAGCUGGCCACGAAGGGCGCAACUAUCUUCCUAUGUGUUCGCUCGCAAGCCCGUGGAGAUGAAGCCUUACAAAAGAUUCGGGCCGCAACGGAUAAGGGUGUUCUCGAGUUGGCAAUUUUUGAUCAAGCCGACUUGAAGAGUAUUGAAACUUUUGCAAUCAGCUUCAAAGCUCGAGGCAUCCCUCUCGACGUGUUGCUCUGUAAUGCCGGCAUUGCUCUAGUACCCUUCGAGUUAAUAGAAGGUGUAGAACGUCACUUAUUUAUCAACCACAUCAGCCAUAUGUAUCUGGUCUACUUGCUCGCCCCGCUUUUAAAAUCCACUCCCAAGAGCCGUCUCGUUAUGGUAUCAGCCCGGGCAAUCGACGUUCUCAGGAAGGUCCCAGUCUGGGAAACAGACAACACCGAGGCUAGCAAAUACUCGCCGAUCUUUGCCUAUGCACAUUCCAAACUGGCCAACAUUGCCUUUGCCAAUGCCAUGCAAGAGAAGCUGGGUGCAGGGGUAUUCGUCAACUCUAUCGACCCGGGUCCGGUUGUCACUAACAUCUUGGCCGGGGUUGCAAAGGGAUGGCUCUCCGUCGCCACGCACUUAGCCACAGCCCUCCUUGGAGUUAGUGCUCGGGAUGGUGCCGUUAAUCAGGUCUACUGCUCUGCUGCUACGGAAAUAGAGACUCUCAAUGUGCAUGCCACAUACUUUACCGGCCGACUUAAAGCUAAGGCAGUCAAACUGGCAAAUGAUCCUAAACUGAUAGACUCACUCUUCAACUACUCUGAGGCCGUUAUCAAACGAGUCACUGGCGCGGAGCUACCAACAUUUUAA